AUGUCCUCGUUACUCCCGCGAUACGUCUCUCCUCCUCGGGGCAGGGCAGACGAACAUGACCUCUCCGAGCUCUCCCCGCGACCCGACGAUGCGCUCCUCGACCCCGAUUCCUCCCAUGAUGCCACCUACAAUACUGAAAAUAGCGGGACUAUCAAAAACAAUAAUACCUUGCCGGGCGGUACUUCAGUGCAUGCUAAUGUUUCAGCUGUCGCAAAGGGGAAAGCAAAAGCUGUCGUAACCAUCCAGGAGCCAGCAUGGGCACCGAAGAGAACAGGCGACCACGUAGGCGAUUAUCGGGCAGGGAGAAGGGCAUACCAGGACCGUCAGCAGAAGCUUUCAGGUCCCGAACUAUGGCGACCACCCUUCCCUUCCGAACCGCGCGAUCGCACCGCCCCAAACGCCGGGCCUCACAUGUCUUUCUUCGAGAGCAUGUUCAUGACGCGUAGUCACUCGGCCGAACGUGUACCUUCCCAAGUCGACCAGAGCUUCAAAUUGAUACAGAGACGAGAGCGACAGCUACAACAGGAAACUCAGCAGCUGCUAGAUGCGCAGCAAUACGCACUAGAGCGGAACCUGGCCGACAUAUCGCAAGAGGACGACGACGACCAGCACUCGCUUACACCAGCUUCGUCGCACUCAGACACGUCCAUAAACCACAUUAUACCCGUGCGUCAGCCAAAGAAAAGACAUAUGUCCAAGCGGGAAGCCCGCGUUGGCAUUGCGCGGUGUAUGAACCAGCUGUCGGCUCUGAAGAACGAAGAGGAGGCGUAUAUCGCGACAGCACUCGCAGAGCGUAAAGCCGCUCUGUCGAGGUUGCGCAACCUGUCGACCCAGAGAGCCUCCAUCACCGCCGAGAUGAAGGCCAUAGAGGCGGACCGCGAGCUUCCAGUCAAGAACCAGAUCAAGAAGAUGGAGCACAAGCAUCGCAUUGUGUGUGAUGAGAUCGAGGCGUGCGAGAGGAGACUGCGGCUGCUUAAACAGGAGAAGACAAAACUAGAAUCCCGAAUCCAAGAGGCCAAGAGCGUGCGGGACUCGCAGUUCAGCGGCUACCAGGGCGCACUGAGGGAAUGUGACAAGGGGAUUACGGAUAUCAUGAAAUAUCCCGGCAUUCAAGUCUUGGAAGUCGAGGAUCUGAUGGCCCAGGACGAGGAGCUCAGAACGCUCGUGGGGACGCACAUCUCGGGCUUUGAAUUCCUCUCCCUGCGGCCCGAGAGGAGGACUCUGUCGAUGGCCAAGGACUGGUGGGAGGGCGAGGUGCAGGUCCUCGAAAUACGCAAGGCUGCCGUCAACCGCGAGCGCGCUGCCCUGGACGAGGGUGGUCAGAUAUGGCAGGACACAAUCCGCGUGCUCGACGGGCACGACAACCACAUGAGCUUCGCCCUCGGCGUCAUCGCUAAGUACGCGUAUCGGCAGCGAAACCUCGAGCUUAGAGAGCCCGGGGAGAUCCUGCAAAAGCAGUACCGGCUGUGCAAGUCGACGGUCGAAAAGCUCCAGGACUAUCACAAUUAUGCCGAGUCGCAGGGCUGGAAUCUCCUGGUCAUCGCACUCGCUGCCGAGGGCGGCUUUUUCACGGGGCUGAGGAAGCACUUGGGGGAGACACUGGAGAUUGCCGGGCAUGCGGAUGGCGUGGUUACGCCGCGGUCUUCGUCACCGACCAAGACGGAUAGAGGCGAGGACUUGGUUGAUAUACAUCAUAGCGCAGAGGAUCAUAAGAACGUAGCCGAUGAGGACGAGUUGAGCAGAAGUGUUAUCCGCCGCUGGGACGGCACUGAGGAGCCAAACGACAACAAUGUCCCUGCGGAUAUACUGGGCGAGCACACAAACAGCGAGCACAGGGAGGACGAGAGCAGCGACAACGAGGUCCCGCCCGGUCUGCUCAGCGACGAGCGCCUCGAAAGCGAGGACGAACACCACAACGAGGUGCCCGCUGAGUUUCUAUCGGUGCACUUCCCGCCUUCCAAGGCCAAGGAGACGCCUUUCCACUCGGGAGAAGAGGAGGAGGAAGAUGAGCAUCACGAACUGACCAGGGAGAGCAGCGCGAACGAGGUGCCGGCCGACCUGAUGACGGAGAGCCGAAGGGGCUCUCGGAGGGAAAGGGAAGACGACGCUUGGGGAUUUACACCUUCAGCUACUUAG